UCUAAAAUCUCUCUCUCUCUCUCUCUGGUCAAUUUUUGUUUUCUCUUACCACUCUUGUGCGACGUUUGCUUCUUCUAUUGGAACUGGAACUUGGUAUUGCGAGAUGGGUGUGAAAUCGGUUACUGGAGAUUCUUCGGAUCGGGAAAGCUGGGGUAAUAUUUUCAAGACUUUGGUCAAGAUUCUACAGACGAAACAAGACCAGAUCGAAUCGCUUCUAAAAGACAGGAAGAUUAUUGAAGAUACGCUUAAGACCAAACACGAUAAAUGGAUCUCUGAUGCUCGGAAUUACGAGGAACGACUGUCUCUGAUGAAUAGAGAGAUUGAAACGGUGAAGAUGAUGCUACUCGUUGAGACCUCUAAGUGUAAUCUCUUGUCUGGAUUAAAGGAAAGGGAUCUUUCUCUUUGCAAUUUGAAAUUAGAACCGACGGUGGACGAGUUAAAUGACUUCAAGGCUUGGUUUGAUUUCCUCACUCUGAAUACAAACACGCAGAAGGAAAAUGGUAACUCGGAAGCUGCGGAUAGUAAAUCAUUGGAAGCAGAAAUCAGAAAACUGAAGCUUGAGUAUGAGAAGCUUGCUUCUGAAAAGAAAUGCGAGGUAUCUGAUCUUUUACGAGAAAACGGGUUUGCUUGGAGGCAGUUCAAAUGUAUCGAGAGUGGAUUCACUGAUAAGUUAAAGAGGAAAGAUGAUGAGAUUGUUCAAGCAAAUACGAAAAUCUCAAGCCUUAUAUCUUAUCAAGAGGAGCUUCAGUCAUCUAAUCAAGAGAAGGAUGAGAUUAUCUCAAGGUUAAAGUCUAAAGUUGCUGAAAUGGAGACUAAUUCUAAUAAGAAGGAUGAGGAAAUCUCAAAACUCUCACGUGAUGUAGAGUCUUUAAAGAAGUCUCGUAGCUUUACACCAGUUUUAACUCGAUGCACAGCACGUGAUAAAGGUAGCAGUGGUAAUACUGUAGGAUCUCAUAUAUCUACUAAGAAAGAAAAGUCUGCUGCAUCAACACCAAAUGAAAAGGAAAUUAAAAGCUCGAAGAGGAAAAGAGUGAACAAGACACCAGUCUCAGUUUCAGAAAUCCCAAAGCUGUUCACUUCAACAUUUAGAGUUCCCAAGUUAAAGCCUCCAUCUGCUGGAGCCAUAUAGAUUAUCUUUUCAUUGUUUGUGUCUGCUUCUGUUGGAUUUAGAGUUAUAGAAAUCUGCAUGUAAUCUAUCUCUGUAUUUGGGAUCAUUCCCCUGAUGUAUAUUUGCUUAUAUAGUUCUUGAGAAUUUUCCCCGUAACCCUUACAUUUAUUUAGGUAGGAACCUUGUAUUGCAUCUAGCAGCUGUCAUUUUUCUGUAUCAUUUGUCAA